CCGAGUUCUAAUAGGAUGCGGAGAUCAACGUAUCUAGCUAGACCUAUAGAUGCAGCAAAAGAAUUCGGAAUAGCAUGCGUGAAACAUCCUUGGAUAGCAGAGUCCCGCCCGCCAUGGAUGAGCUACUACUCGCCGGAAUUCUACUGUGUCUGCCUCCCAAGUCGAUUUACCGAUUCAGGGUCGUCUCCAAAACAUGGAACAGUUUGAUCUCCGAUCCGUUUUUCAUUGAGAGAUACGACAGCAAGCGGCGGCGGCGGCAUGAAGGCGGUGGUUUGCUGGCAUUGUUCCAAAAUACAAUAGUGUGGCCUUAUUCCUCCCAACCGGACAGGUACGACCAGAAAUCUCUGAAGAUACUGCCUCUAGAUGCAAAUAGCAAAAUCAAGAACCAGUCUCCGGAACUAGGCCAAUUCAUCAAUUCCUCCAACGGUUUGAUCCUCUGCAGCGGCGCUCGUAACCACCGCGAGUUCCUCGUCGUCAACCCCGUUACGGGGAGGUUUGUAACGCUGCCACCGCCACCCCCGCUGCCGGCCGAAGAUGAAUAUGCGUUAAUGGAAUCACCUGUGGGGCUGAUGUGCGAGGAGAAUAAAGCUGAACUGACCGCCAAGUAUAUCGUCAUUCGAAACGAGUCUUCUCCCGAUGAAGAGGCUUUCAAGAUCCGGACUUACUCCUCCGAGACAGGCGCCUGGGCCGCCGAACCCAAAGUGAUCGCCGCCGACACUGCAGGGCUGGAACUCCACCUUAAGGCGUUUCCCUGUCCUCCUUUUGUGAUGAACGGUGUUUUCCACUGGUACACCAUUUUCAAGGAAAAACUAGUCCUUUACCGGCCCGCCGAAGAGCACCUCCAGCUCAUCAGCAACCCAGCCUGGUUUGACGGCAUGCUUUGGAAUCCUCUCUGCUUUACGACUAUUGCAAGGACAUCAAUCGAAGACGGUGAUGUGUUAUGGUUCGGCUUCAUGGACCCCGAAACCAUGAGACUUUUUAUGCUCACGAAGGGCACCGAAGAAAGCCGCGGCAAUGACAAUCAACCGCGGCCCUCACGACCCUCUAUCGUAGCUGGUCAAGAAUGGGUUUUGAUGUACCGUAUUAGUUUGAGUUCACUCUGGAACGACCGCCUCUUAUAUCCAUUGAAGUGGCAAAACCCUUGGGUGAGGAUAAUUUUCUUGGAUGCCUUUGUUCCGAUCAAUGACAAUAAGAGUAAGAAGAAGAAGAAAAAUACUGCUCCGUUUGACCUUAUUUUGAGGGUACAAGAAGGUGAUGCAUUUCUUUUCCACUUGAACACCAAAUCCAUUCAACCUCUUGUUAAGUAUGAAGCAUGUCCAACGAGUGGGGCAUAUGCAGUGCAUUCUUUAGCUCUUCAUCCUUACUUAGAACCAUCAUCUCUUUCCACAUAUGCUCUUUAGUUAGGUUGAUAUAAUUAUUGACAAAUUAUUCUAGAAAAGGAAUUAUAGAUAAAUUAGUUAAUAACUUGAAAGUUAUUAACUUGCUUUGACCGAUGUAAUUUAAAAAUUAUUGCUUUGCGUGUUGUGUUUUACGAGGUUCCUUUAACAUAUAUAAUGACGUUAAUUAUGUUUUUUAAAGGUUAAUUAUGUUAAUAUAAUAUACUUCCAUUA